CGUAAUUACAGUGUGCAGACCGGGCCCUAAACCUUGAUAACCUCCUCCUUCAGUUUAGUUCCAGCGUACUGUAACUACAGUGUAUUCCAAGACUAUGACAAACUUGAACACGCCGAAAAGUUCACAACUUAGAUUGUAAUGGCAGCAAGAGAGCUGUUUGCAGUCUUUGCUACGGUGAUAGCGAUUAUGGUGGGCACCGCGAGUACCCAGACGAUGACUCAGCGGCCGAAACUCAAUCCUCGGCCUAUUAUCGGAAUUCUGGCUCAAGAACCCUCAAGGAAAAUGGUAAAAGCGCUGAAUGGAUCUGACUAUACUAUGUACAUUGCUGCUUCGUACGUCAAAUUCUUUGAGUCCGGUGGAGCCAGAGUUGUACCUAUAUUAAUAAACCAAAACGAGAAGUACUACAGGAACAUUGUUAACUCAGUCAAUGGGUUGGUGUUUCCCGGCGGAUCCGCUUCCAUUACGAACAGCAGCGGGUACGGCCGGGCGGGUCGCGUUCUCUACGACCUCGUCCUAGAGGCAGCCGAAAGAGGGACACAGAUCCCACUCAUGACCAUUUGCCUGGGCUUUGAGAUGCUUAUGCUCCUCGAGGCGGACAACACUAGGCCUCUGGUGCCCUGCAAGGCGCAAGAUCGCUCGGAUCCUCUUUACAUGAGGCCUGGUUGGAACGAGUCCCAGCUGUUCAAGGAAGCCCCAGGUGACGUCAUUCACACACUCCGAACUACAAACUCGACGAGCAAUUUUCACAAAUACUGUGUUAUAGAGGAGGUCUUCUACGGUCUUGGAUUAAACGACUCGUACAAUAUCCUGUCGACUUCUUACGACGAUAACGACCUAGAGUACAUAUCGACGGUCGAGCAUCACUCUCUCCCCAUCUAUGGGUUCCAGUGGCAUCCUGAGAAAAACCUCUUCGAGUGGGGCUAUGAUUCCAUUCCUCACACCAGAGAUGCUAUCAGGUCCUCCCAGUACGUGGUGAACCUCUUCGUCGAUAAAGUUCGUCUGAACCAUCAGAAGUUCGCGACAGAGGAGGAAGAGUUGAACUCUCUCAUAUACAACUACAAACCCAUCUACAUUAAAAGGCUCUACCGUUCUUCUUUCGAACAGUGUUACUUCUUCUGAAGAUACUACGCAUAUUUCCAUAAGGAAUCAGCAAACGUAGCUCAGUUUUCAUAGAAUUUGUUGACUCAAUAUCACUUUAGCUCUCUCUCUAGAAAUUAAUAAUAAGAAAAAAAACUUCAUACAUAUAAAUGGAGGUUGAAG